AUGGUAGAUGAGACUCCAACAUCGGUUUUAAACAGUCCCCCUGCGGAUGCUAUAAUUUUGGAUCGUGUGGUACACGAGAACAUUAAGAGAGUUCCUAAGCCCGAGAUAAAGGAAAGGAUCAUUGAGGUUCCAGAAAUAGAAUAUGUUGAAAAAAUAAUAGAGGUGCCUGAGCCUGUUUAUGAGGAAAAAAUUGUACAUGUUGCGAAGCCCGUCGUGUGUGAGAGGGUGAAGAAGGUUAAGAAGCCAAUAAUACAGGAAAAAAUAGUAGAGGUACCGGUCGUUCAAGUAGUCGACAAAUAUGUGGAAGUUCCGCAGUACGUGUAUCAAGAAAAGGUGGUGGAGGUACCGAAGGUUGUUAUCCAGGAAAGGAUCGUAUCAAUUCCUAAAAAGGUAACAAAGGAGAAGAUAGUUGAGGUUCCAAGGAUUGAAUAUAGAGAGGUGGUUACUGAGAAGAUUGUUGAGGUCGAAGAAGAGGUUCCGGAAAUUGUGGAGAAGGAAGUUCAUGUCACACACUACAUCGACCGGCCGUACGAGGUGGAGAAGGUAGUAGAGGUUCCUCAGGUGCAGCACGUGUACAAGGACGUGUACAAGACCCAGUAUCGCAAUGUGCCUCAGCCUGUGGAGGUCCCGGUAACCCACUAUCGCAGGAUACCCGUCGAGAAGGUUAUUGACAGAAAGGUACCAGUACCAGUUGAACUAGAAGUAGUGAAAAAAAUCCAGUGCGCCAAGUUCGAACCAAGGUACAGAGAAGUUCCGGUUCCGGUUCACGUGCAAAGAGUCAUCGACCAUCCGUUGCCUGAGACCGUUCUGAAGAAUCCUUCAACAGCAGUUGAUUACUAUAAAGACGUUCAAAAGGAUUUGCAAAAAUUGACUAAACUAUAA